AUGCGUGACCAAGGCUUCCUCAGUAUCACCGGGGCUAGGUCAGAGAGUGAGGCCUUGAGCAUCUUUAAGAAGAUGAUGAGAAAGAACAAACUCUAUAAGAACUUCAUAGGCCAAGGAUAUCAUGGUACAAUCGUACCCAAGCCUAUCCUUCGUAACCUAGCUGAGAACCCUGUCUGGUAUACUAGCUAUACACCCUAUCAGGCAGAGAUAUCUCAAGGCCGCCUCGAGAGCUUGAUGAUAUUCCAGACAGUUGUAUCGGAGCUGACGGGUCUACCAGUGGCCAACUGUUCCCUAUUGGAUGAGGCUACCGCCGCUGCAGAGGCAGUUACUAUGAUCCAGCGAGGUGUUGGUAAUAGUACUCGUAAGGUCAUGUUCAUAUCGGAUACUAUGCAUCCACAGACUAUCGAGGUCGUUAAGACUCGGGCUCAAUGGGCAGGGAUACCUUUGGAGAUAGGCGAUAUUGAUUCCUUCGAUUUUACAAGGAAGGACCUCAUCGGAGCCUUUGUGCAAUACCCUGAUACCCAAGGUGUCCUUCGUGAUUUCACCUUUCUUGCUGAUGCCCUCAAGGAGGGUAGUGGAGGAACUCUGGCUGUAGCAGCCGAUCCUCUAGCACUUACUGUAUGCAAGCCUCCAAGUGAUAUGGGUGCCCAAGUAGUAGUGGGUACUAUGCAAAGGUUUGGUGUGCCUAUGUGGUAUGGUGGACCAGCUGCUGGAUAUCUAGCUACUACUUCAGCAAAUACCCGUCGUAUGGCUGGAAGGUUGGUAGGGGUAUCACAGGAUGCCCAGGGUAACCCGGCAUAUAGGCUUACACUGCAGACUAGGGAGCAGCAUAUCAGGCUUAAUAAGGCGACUUCCAACGUAUGUACAGCCCAGGCACUCCUGGCUAAUAUGAGUGCAAUGUAUGCUGUUUACCAUGGACCAUCAGGCUUAACUCGUAUUGCUAGUAGAGUGCAUGCUCUUGGUCAACUGCUUGUCGAUGGACUCCAACGUAUGGAGGUGCCGGUCGUCACCUCCGACAUGUUUUUUGACUGUGUGUCAAUGAAGCCUGGAUCGCCUGAGGCAGCUUCCAGAGUUAUGAAGGCAGCAGUGGCAGCGGGUAUGAAUCUAAGAUUGGUCGAUCCAGCUACAGUGUCGGCUACCUUCGAUGAGACACAUACUAUAAAGGACGUAGAAGCUCUAUUGCAGGUCAUUGCUACCGCUAUUGGCACUGAGUCCACCGAGGGGGAUAGGCAUUCCACAGAGGCUGACCUAGGCCUUAUACCCAAACCAUUGCGGCGUAUUACACCGUAUAUGUCACAGAAGAUAUUCAACAGUGUAGUCACUGAGACUGACCUCAUGCGGUAUCUUUAUUAUCUACAAAACAAGGAUAUCUCCCUUACUAAGUCUAUGAUAACGCUCGGUUCAUGCACUAUGAAGUUGAACUCUUCCAGCUCUAUGUAUACUAUAGUACAAGAGGAGGUCACUACUCCACACCCAUUCACACCACUUAACCAGAUGGAAGGAUAUACUGAGUUAUUGAGGUCUUUGGAGAGGAGUCUCAAAGAGAUCACGGGUUUCGCAGUGUGUUCCCUACAGCCAUGCAGUGGGGCUCAAGGAGAGUUUGCUGGCCUGUUAGCUAUAAGGCAGUAUCAUGCAUCUCGAGGUGAUACUCAACGCAGUGUAUGUCUAAUACCACGCUCGGCUCAUGGUACCAAUCCAGCAUCAGCUGCUAUGAUGGGCUUUGAGAUAGUAUGGCUUGAUGAUGAUGGUCCCAAUGGUAUGGAUAUCGAUGUACUUGAUAGGAUAUGCUCGGAGAUUGGGGAUAGACUGGGGGCAUUGAUGAUCACAUAUCCCAGCACUAGAGGGGUCUUCGAGACUCAUAUCAAAGCAAUAUGUGAUACAGUGCAUCGAUAUGGUGGCCAGGUGUAUAUGGAUGGUGCUAAUAUGAAUGCUCAGCUAGGGUUAACAUCACCGGGGACUAUUGGUGCUGAUGUAUGCCAUCUCAAUCUACACAAAACCUUCUCAAUACCACAUGGUGGUGGAGGUCCUGGUAUGGGUCCUAUCUGUGCCGCUCAGCAUCUCAAGCCCUUCAUGCCUUCACACUCUGUUAUCUCUACUGGCACCGAUAUCGCUAUAGCAGGCUCUGUGAAUGCUGCUCCAUUCGGACAGGCUGGUAUAGCAUCCAUCCCCUGGAUGUUUAUCAACAUGUUGGGAGAAGAGGGUCUACGUGCUAGUGCAGAGAUGGCCAUACUUAAUGCCAACUAUAUGGCGGCUAGGCUCAAGGACUACUAUCCUCUCAUGCAUGUUAACUCUAAUGGUAGAUGUAGUCAUGAAUUCAUCAUCGAUAUAUCGGAUAUACGCAAGCACACUGGGGUUGUAGAGGAGGAUAUCGCCAAGAGGCUGAUGGACUACGGGUUCCAUGCCCCUACUAUGAGCUGGCCUGUUCAUCACUCAUUAAUGAUUGAACCUACUGAGAGUGAGAGCAAGGACGAGUUGGACAGGUUUUGUGAUGCAUUGAUUCAAAUAAGGCGGGAGAUAGAUCAGAUUGCUGAAGGGGUCUACGAUUUGAAAGAUAAUCCUUUGAAGAAUGCCCCACAUACUGAGGAUAUGGUUACAUCGGAGGAAUGGGAUCAUUGCUAUUCUCGUGAAGUGGCAGGGUUCCCUUUACCCUGGGUACGAAGUCGUGGUAAAUUUUGGCCAAGUUGUGCACGAGUAAACAAUAUCCUUGGAGACCGGCAUCUCACACUCAAGAUGGUCCAAUAGUCUUGUCCAAUUGUCAAUUUUGUUAUCACUUAAAUGGAAUCAUCCCACAACCAGUGCUCCGGAA